UCUGCGAGGAAACCUAUCCCCGAACUCCCCUUUUAUCAGCAGACUUGGUUCAUCGCUCUUCUCUUCGUGAUGGCUAUGGGAUUCUUCUCCCUCGCUCUGUUCCUCUUCCUCAGCGUCGAUUCCGAUUCCGGCUACACGUCUGCUUCCGCCGCCGCCGCUUCGGGUAAAGAAGGCGUCGAGAUUACGUAUGGAAGUGCGAUGAAGCUGAUGCACGAGAAGACUAAGUUUCGACUGCAUUCUCACGAUGUGCCGUAUGGAUCCGGCAGUGGUCAGCAGUCAGUCACUGCCUUUCCAGGCGUCGUUGAUUCCAACAGCUACUGGAUUGUUAAACCUGUGCCUGGGACAACAGCCAAGCAAGGUGAUGCCGUCAUGAGUGGAGCUACCAUUAGAUUGCAGCACAUGAAGACCCGGAAAUGGCUCCACAGUCACUUGCAUGCAUCCCCUAUAUCUGGCAACUUAGAGGUUAGCUGUUUUGGAGAUGAUUCAAAUUCCGAUACUGGGGAUCACUGGAAGCUUAUAAUCGAAGGGAGCGGGAAGACAUGGAAACAAGACCAAAGAGUCCGACUUCAACACAUAGACACUAGUGGCUACCUCCAUAGCCAUGACAAAAAGUACCAGCGUAUAGCCGGUGGUCAGCAAGAGGUGUGUGGAAUCAGGGAAAAGCGGGCAGAUAAUGUUUGGUUGGCAGCAGAAGGAGUCUACCUUCCCGUUAACGAGAGUAGCAGCAAGUAAAGUGAAGAGUUGUGUUAACUUAUCUCCGAGGAGUCUUUGAAUCUAAUCUUUUACUUUCUAAACUCAUAAACAAGAAAAUACAUAUAUUUUGCUGAUCUUCGAUUGUCGGUCUAACUUUAAAAAAGACUUGUAAUGCUCUACACUUAUGCCCACAUUUUCAUAAAAAAAAUUUAAGUAUCC